UGAAUUAAGAACGAGAAAAUAUAAGUUUGAGGUUGUCGUGUAAUCGGAAUAGCUUCCUCUGAAAUUGAAAGUAGAAAAUCUGUGAAGGUGGUGAAGGGUUGAUGGAGAUGUUCUUCUGUAGCAGCCAUUUUCCUCUACCUUCUCAAAACCCUUCGAAUCUGCUCCUUCUUUCUGGUCCUCCUUCUUCUGGGAAAACUUCUCUGCUUUUUCAAUUUGCAUUCAAUGUAGCACUUCACUCCCAUAACGUCAUCUUCAUUUCCAACCGCCAAAGAUUGGAUUCCAAACCCCCUUUUCUUUCGCAGGGAAUUGAUCCAUCUUCUCAUGUCUUCCACCGUAUACAAAUGAAGUACGUGAAUGAUGAUGAAGACAUCAGGAAGUACUUUGCUGCCUUCCACCUGUAUGAUAAAUUGCCUGCAGCAGUUCUUAUUGAUGAUUUUGGUGAUUUCUUUGACGACAAGAUCUGCCAACAACGAUAUUCUAAUCCCCGCGGACGAGACAUGGCCAUGGUCAAAACUCUAGCCUUAUGCCACAAUGCAAUUACUUUUGCAAAUCAAAAGGGGUCUUGCAAGGUUCUCUUCUCGGAUACUCAUACUCAUCAGAGAGACUCUCCAAGGUUUCACUUCAUCUAUAAGAAAUGGAUACAAACCACUUUUACUAUCCAAGAAGGGGAUGCAUCUGGAUCAUUUAUUCUGAAAGAUAAGAGUCAUUCACCAACCGAUCACAACACAGCUGUGAUCAAAGCUGCAAAGUACUCCAUAGCUCUUCAAUAUCUGGUUUUUGAAGGAAUUGUUGAAGAUGAAGUACAAUAGAUAAGUUACCUUUCCCCCACUUGGAACCCAUUGAUACAUGUACGUAUAUUCUCUUGAAACAUUUAACAAUGAUACUCAACGAUAAACUGAACUUCGGAGCCUGCAUCUUCAUCACCAGUGUCAAAUCUUGGGUUCUGUGACAUCGGUUAAUUUGAAGAGCAGAAAAUCCUGGCCAGGAAUCUUGAGGUAUCAAUGUUUCGAUUUCAAGUACGUUAUUCGACGGUCUUAAAAUCAGAAAAACCGAUUCUAACAAGUUAUUCGACGGUCUUAAAAUCAGAGAAACCGAUUCUAACAAGUUAUUCGACGGACUUAGAAUCAGAAUAUAGAAUAUAAGAUAACAAACCUGAGACCUACGUAGGCCAAAAAUGGUAUAGUGUUGGUGUGGUGCUUGUAUUUGAUGGUCAUAAACUAUGAUACUUGUAGAGAGUUGUAUCAUAGGAUUAUACGUCAGUUUUCUUUUGCUUUAA